AAAAAGACUUAGGUCCACAAUGCUACAGAGUGCUACAGGAGCAUUUUGGAGCACUAUGGGCCCGAGUCCUGUUUCCUGAUGCACUCUUUUCACCCUCCUCUCGUUUGCCUCGGCUGCCCUCGCGGCAAACCUCAACCUCGUCAGGAAUAUGCCGGCGGCACCUUCUUCGAUGGGUGGGACUACUACGGCCAUUGGGACGACCUCAACAAUGGCAAUGUGAUAUUUGUUAACAAGACAAACGCGACUAACCUUGCCUAUGUUGCUCCGUCGGGCCAUGCCAUCAUCACGGUGGACAACACGUCCGUCGUGCCGAACGACUACCCGCGAAACUCGGUCCGGAUUACCUCCCAAGACUACUUUGAGCUCGGCACGGUCUUCGUCGUUGACGCUGUGCAUCUCCCCUACGGCUGUUCGGUAUGGCCUUCGAUCUGGACCAAGGGCGACAACUGGCCGCAUAAUGGCGAGAUCGACAUCAUCGAGGGCGUCAACCUCAUGACCUACAACCAGAGGGCACUGCACACGGACCCUGGCUGCAGCGCAGCGGCCGAUACGAACCAGACGGGCAAAGCAGGUCCUCUCGAUUGCUCGCCUACAUCUGGUUGCACUGUGCAAGAAACCACUCCGAACAGUUAUGGCGCCGCCUUCGCGAACAAUGGCGGUGGCGUGUGGGCAGUGCAGUUUGAUGUCUCCGGAAUUUUCAUCUGGUUCUGGCAACGCGCCAAUGACCCUUCGUUGGUUACCUCUACUUCAGCUACCACAGCACUCGACAUCUCGAGCUGGGGCCCGCCCUCCGCGGCAUAUCCCUCGGGCUCGUCAUGCAAUAUCACCAAGUCCUUCGGUGCACAGCAGCUCGUGAUCGACAUCACGCUUUGCGGCGACUGGGCCGGUACCCAAGACACGUACGCUGCGACCUGCGGUAACAGCACGUACAACGCCUGCUAUCUCACGAAUGUCAUCGGCCAAGGCACAUACACCGACGCUCACUUCGAGCUCAACUACAUCCGCGCCUUCGCCGCGAGCAACGCGGCGGUCGUCAAUGAGAGCGCGAUCAACAGCACCACCAGUGCCUCUGGCGGCUCUUCGGGCGCAGGUGGCCUUGCCCCGAGUACUUCGACCUCUGACGCGGCGUCUGGCAGCCCGACCGGCAAAACGAAAAUAAAUGGUACUAUGGCCUCGGCGUUGACUCCUAAGGCGCUGGUGGUUGUCUCGGGUUUGCUUGCGCUCGCUAGACUGUUGCUGUGACGGGAGUCAGAGAAGGUGAUAUACCCCGUGGUAGUCUCUGCCAUGUUGAUGUACUGUGUUUAUUGUUCUAGGUCCUCACACCCCCUCGUCGUACAGAAAAAUUGUCGUAUACCGCCAGAUUCAGUGUAUCGUAGUGCCUAACAGUGACAGGUCCCUCCGUAGCUUCGCCGUCUUGUCCCCUCCCGGUCUGAAACGCCUCAGGCUAUUUAGCCCGAAUGCUACUACUUUAGGUCUAUCCUACUGGAGCACGUUAAUUGGUCGACACGAGAAGCUGGGAAUAGGUGCUUACGUCGACGUCUAUGCAGGUGGCGUAGCCAAUCUCGCUCGAGAGGAGGUCGUUUCGGACGGGCUCUAGUUUGCCCGCGCCUUGAGCAGACAACGGGGCGUCGUAUUUGGAGAGAUACUAUACUUCCUACCAUGCGACACGAACAAUUUUUUGUUCAAUGUAGUUGAUUUUAGAGGACCUACGACAUUAGCAUGCGACCGCGGAAGAUACGUGCCGUUCGGAAGGACUCGAAGCGU